GUGUGAGUCACUGCUGGUGCUUAUCUACAUCGCUUAUUGCUCAUUGCUCAUUGUUUGCUAUUGUCGCUGACCACACGGCGUAUGUGGAAUGCUUUUGAAAAGCUCAUUGCGCAUACGCCGCGUGCGCAAGCCGAGUUGAAUGGUUUUCAAAAGCUGCUGCUGCUGCUGCUGCUGCGGCUGCUGCUCUCGCAUUAAAAGCUCAGCUGAAAAGCUGCAAACGGAAAUCAAAAUCCCAAAAACAACAAACAAAAAUAACUUUCUACGCUAAUUUGCCUUCGAAAAAAGUUGUUACAACAGUGUGCGGAGAAAUUGUUGUUGCCGCAGUUGGUGUGAGUUAAAAAGCGUUGCUAUCAUUAUAAGCAACAGCAGCAACAACAGCAACAUCGCUGGCCAACAAUCAACGGCCGAAAGUCAUCUUCAAAACAGCCAAGAGAGCAGCAACAUGAUUUGAGCUGCGUUCACUGAGAUUGCAACUGCGACUGUUGGCAGUUGAAUUUUAUUGCCACACCAGCAUCAGCAUCAACAUCAGCCAGCCAGUCAGUCGGUCCGUCAGCCAGUGCUACAGCUAUAGCCAGAGCCAAAGCAAAAGCAAAAGCAACAGCAACACCAACAACGGGGCACUCACAAAAGCCAGUCAGGCAGCCCCGUCAAGCGUUCGUUGCUUUUUUACGCUUCGCCAGCAACUCGUUUCAGCUGGCGACGACGACGAUGACGAUGACGGCGACGGCGGCGAUGGCGGAGACGGCAACUGGCUCCAAAUUGACGGCUGAGGCUGACUCGAAAGCUCGCACGCAGCGGUGCAGUUGUUACUGCUGCUGCUGCUGCUGCUGUUGCUGCUGCAACGACAACAGCCAGCACAGCAACAGCAACAGCAACAACAUCGUCGUUGUCGCCGUCCGUCGCUACCUUCAAAUUCCACAAUAUUCAAGUUUCAGGUUAUGAGCCAACCAGGCGGCCGAACAAACGUACCAAAUGAACGACCCAACGACCGUCCAACCAACCAACCUGAGAGCCAGUCAUCGUCAGCAACAACAACAGCAGCAGCAACAACAGCAACAGCAACAGCAACAUUGGAGCAACAUAAUAAAAACCAGCUCCAACUUUUCGAGACCGAGACCCGAGUUCAACUUGGAACUGGCGACGGCUACAGCGAAUGGCGGCUGCUCAUCAUAAUAAAAAUGAAUUGAAUUGAAGACGGGCUAUGCUAGCGGAGAUGCUCUCCAUGGUGG